CUUCUGUUUGAUUUAUAUGGUUAAUAGAAAUGUCAAGUAUGAGUUAUUUUAGCGAUUUGCAUCAACUGUCGGAUAUUUCCAGUAUUUCUGCAAUCUCCCAAUCCAGUAAUAACAAUAAAUUUGUGAUAAUCCAAGAAACAAAUGGAAUCGAAAAAACGAUAAAAUCGUUAGCAUUAUGUGAGAAAAGUAUAAAUGAACGUGUCAAAAUCAACAUUAUCUAUCAAUGUAUAAAGAAAGCAUCUUUGAAUCUCAAAAAUGUUCUUUCCAAAAACACAGCUAGCAAAUUACAAACAUUACUUUUAAUUCAUGAAUUGGAUAAAUAUAUGUAUCUUCCUUCGACAACAAAACAUAUGCAAGAUAAAUUGGUACUUCUGGGCAUUUGUGAUUUACCAUCAUGUGACUUAAAUUCUGAUGAAAAGUUAGAAGUGAAAUGUUGCAUCGAGACAAUGUUACGAGAAAUAAUAUAUGAUAUGAUACUGAGAUAUGAAGCCUUAGGAGGUAAUGUUAAGGAAGCAUCAAAGGACAACUGUAAGAUACACAACAAAUUUUUGGAAUAUCACGAUGUACCUGCAGUACAAUGGAAGAAUAAAAUUGAGGAUUUGAUUGUGCAAUGCGAAAAUGACUUGCUGAAAUAUAUAAACUUAAUGGACAAGUGGAAUAAGCUGAAAUAUGAAGAUAUGAACCAAGCAUAUUUAGAAAAGACAGGCUAUUUACUGUUGCAGGCACAAGUUGCAGAGUUGCAAGCAAAGAUAACGAAACUUUCUUGCACAAUCAGAAUGUUCAAAGAAACUUCAACUACCAUUGAUGCUUAUAAAAUGCUAAAUCAAUUAGUCGAAAAGAAAUUAAAAAUAAUUACAGAUGAAAUUCGCCAAAAGGAAGAUUUAAAGAAGCUGUAUGAUAAUAUGAAGGAUGUAGAAUAUGAUCAGGUCUUAUUAAUCUAUUCACAGCUCUGCAAUGCAAUAAAGAAAAAAAAACAUAUCUUGGACAUGUUGAAAUAGUUUUAUAAAUAAAA